GCGCGGAGGCCAUCUUGGCGCGGGGACUCACGCUCCUCCGGUCCUCCUCGUCCUCCGUGAGCCGGAUCCCCGCGCGGGAGCCCCCGACCCGGCCCCGAACCCCGAUCCGCGUGUGCCGCUUCCGCGCAGGCGCUCGCUCGGACCCAGCUGUCAGCUGAUGCUUCAGUGUUGCUUAUCCGGAUAGGCUGUUUCUUCUCCUUUUUCUCCUCCUCCUUUUGGGAAGCGCCCCGUGAUUAAGGAAAAAUGAUGGAAGAAAGUGGAAUAGAGACAACCCCGCCUGGAACCCCUCCGCUGAACCCUGCAGGCCUGGCUGCCGCCGCCAUGCCGGCCACUGAGGUGCACUUAGCUGCGACCAGUUCCUUCUCCUCUCCCAGUGUGUCCGGGAUGGAGUCUUUGCCACCACAGGUGUACUCCACACCUCAGCCAUCCCUGCCCCCUGUGCAGCCCUCAGCACCGCCUCCUUUUGGGCCACUGCCUCCGGUUCCGUCGGUUCCCCUGAGUGGCACGUCUGUGCCGCCCUCCAUGUCUCCAUCACCUGCCACUGCCUUCAGCAGCCCUCCUUUAUCCCACUUCCCACCGGCGACUUCCGCCCCUGGUGCCCUUUUAUCUGCGCCGCCUUCGGGUCCUCCUAUAUCAGGAUUUUCUGUUGGCACAACGUAUGACAUCACGAGGGGCCACGCCGGGAGAGCUCCCCAGACACCUUUGAUGCCAUCAUUUUCUGCACCUCCAGUUACAGGUAUUUUACCAGCCCCCAUUACUCAGCAAGCCAGUAUGACAUCUCUGGCACAGGGACCCGGAACCACGUCAGCCAUCACUUUCCCAGAGGAACAGGAAGACCCUAGACUUAGCAGAGGCCAGGACGAUGCACCCGCUGGUGGGAUCUGGGGCUUUAUCAAGGGCGUGGCUGGGAAUCCUAUGGUGAAAUCUGUCCUGGAUAAGACCAAGCAUUCAGUAGAAAGCAUGAUUACAACGCUGGACCCUGGCAUGGCUCCAUAUAUCAAAUCUGGAGGUGAACUGGAUAUUGUUGUAACCUCAAAUAAAGAAGUGAAAGUGGCUGCUGUCCGAGAUGCCUUCCAGGAGGUCUUUGGCUUAGCUAUGGUUGUGGGCGAAGCUGGACAGUCCAAUAUCGCCCCUCAGCCAGUGGGCUAUGCAGCUGGAUUAAAGGGUGCCCAGGAACGCAUCGAUAGCCUGCGGAGGACUGGCACGAUCCAUGAAAAGCAGACUGCUGUGUCAGUAGAAAACUUCAUCGCUGAGCUGCUGCCCGACAAGUGGUUUGACAUCGGCUGCUUGGUCGUUGAAGAUCCUGUACAUGGCAUCCGCCUGGAAGCGUUUACUCAAGCCACACCGGUGCCUUUGGAGUUUGUGCAGCAGGCACAAAGCCUGACUCCCCAGGACUACAAUCUGAGGUGGUCAGGUCUCCUGGUGACAGUGGGUGAAGUCCUGGAAAAGAGCUUGCUUAAUGUCAGCCGGACUGAUUGGCACCUGGCUUUCACUGGCAUGUCUCGCCGACAGAUGAUCUACAGCGCAGCCAAGGCUGUGGCGGGCAUGUAUAAGCAGCGCCUGCCACCCAGGCCCAUGUGAGACCAGCUGCUGGGACAUGGAGACUGGCCUGCCGUCACCUUUGGCUCCGUGUUAGAGGACACUGAGUAACUUCCGUGAAUCCCACAGGUUUUUACAAUUUUCCUGUAGGCUGCAGUCCUUUUUAAAAGAUUUCUUUUUCUUUCUUUCUUUUUAAAAAUAAAGGCACAGUGUCAUUGUCAUUCCAGUAAAACAAAAGAAAUAGAUCCUCUUUUUAUUGUCCUGAUUUUAUACAUCUUAGUUCUCAAAAGGUACACAAACACAUGGACAGCACAAUUCAGUAUACCAGGUUUAUAAAGUGGACAUCUGUGCUCACAUAUGUGUGUUCUUGGCUCUCCUGGUUUCUACUGCAUGGUGAGGUCUGUGUGUACCAACUAUCUUGUGAAGGUUUGUUUCCUGUUGUCAUCUGUGUGUGCCCUUGAUCUCAGUCACGCUCAGCAGUGGACCUUACAUGUUUGGGGGAGGGUGGGGGUGCACAGUUCCAUGUGUUUUAUAGAGUAUGGGCCAAAUUAAUGGAUAUUGUUUCUCAUGUACUUGUAUGGUUUGGAAGUUACACUUGUUUCUUUUCUAUUUUAAAUUUUGCUAUUUUACAGAUUUAUACUAUUGACAUCCAAAAAUAACAUUUUAUUCUUUUCACUGCAAUAUAAAAACUCAAGGGCAGGCCAUCCAAGUAUCUUUUAGAUCAGAAAUGUUAUUCAUGUUUUUUUUUUUAUUAUUUUAUUUUUUUGAGAUUUUUGAAUUUUGUGUAUUGGUGUUUUGCCUGCAUGUGUGGCUAUGCACCAUGUGUGUUCAGUGCCCAGGGAGGCCAGAAGAAGCCAUCAGACCCCUGGAACCAGAGUCACAGAUGGUGGUGAGCUGCCCUGUGGGUGCUUGGGUACCAGCCUGCCUCCUCUAGAAGAGCGGUCAGUGUUCUUCAGCACUGACACAUCUCUCCCGGUGCCUCGUGUUGUUCUUGUGUAAUGGUGUCAGCACUUCCACAAAUCAGCUGUCAUAACAGCUGCUCCUCCUGCGUCCACUCACAUUCUCCAGACUGCGAGAGGAGUCCACUUCUUUUGGGAUGGUAUACAUUUUCUAUAAUUAAUGUUGCUUCUUUUCUAUUAUUUGAAAACUUCAUGCAAUGUAUUCUCAUGACGCUUAUCUCCCUCCCCUAACUCUUCCAUCCCCACUGUAUGCUCCCUUUGUCCUCUUUUUUUUUUUUUUAACAGCCUAUCAAGUAAGUACAUUCUGUACUGCCGAAAUAGGUGUGAGGCAAAACUGACCAAGAGGCCACACCCUUAGAGAACUUGACUGUCCCUUCCUCAGAAGCCAUCAACUGCCUAUAACUCCCCAGUUGUAUGUACUGGGGUGGGGGUGGGGAGAUGUAAGCCCCUCCACACUGGGAUGUUGACUGGCUGGAUCUUGUGUAGAUUUAGGGUUAUUUCCUAGUCUGCCUUAGGCACAGCUUGACUUUCCUAACUGUGCCCUUCUGCCUUCAUUUCUUACAGAUGUUUUCAAUGGAAUGAUUUUAUAUUUGAUGUUGUUUAAUCUAUUGCAUUUAGCUUUUUCCUUCCUGACGUAAUGUAUUUUACCAUUUGGGGAUUUAUGUAAGAUGAAACUAAGUAAAUGUUUUUCUUCCUCAGUUGAGCACUAUAUAUGCAAUUCAGAUAUCUUCCUGAAGACAACUUGAUACAUAAAUGUAGUUCGGCUUUCUUUUCCUUGUUGAUGCAGUUGUGUAGACAUUAGAGUUAGAAGACUGCAGUCAUCCUUCUGUGUCCUUACCUGGGAAGUGUACCUGCCGUGUCACGGUGCUCUUCAGGAAUUAUGUCAUUUCUGCUACUUUUACAGAAGAAGUAUUACUUCUGAGGUGGGUGUGUGCUAACCCCAAGCAGGAGAGAAGCACUGCAGUGGCUGCACUGGCCCAGGGUAACGAGGCCACAGUACUUCUCGCUUUGUGCAUAAGAAGCAGGGUCUUUCUCUACACCUGCUGCUGUGCUCUGAUUUGAAAAACUGUCCUUUGGGUCUAGGGAUGUAGCUCCAUGUCAGGGCCUAAGGUCCAUCUCUAUAAAUACACACACACACACACACACACACACACACACACACACACGAGAGUGGGGUAGAGAAAAGAACUGUCAUUGUCUAACAGUAUUUCGUAGGACAUUGGCUGGAUGAUAGCGUUCUGUUGUACUCUGAGACAGGUUUUGCAGUCUCUGAAAGGUACCUUGUUUUUCUCUUCAUUGUUUCAUUGAGUCUGCACUACUUCAGCUACUGUUUUAGAGGGCUACUCUAGUAGACUCACUAGAGGUCACUGACAUCUCAUUGAGUGACAGUUUUCAUUGAAUCCUCAAAUAACAGUGGCAGACCUGUGUCAUGGCUUGUUUAAAACUGGAUAAUUGUCAUUACUUAGUCUGCCUUCUGUGAGAGGAGGAGGAGCAGCAAAGGGCAGAUAGAAGGGAGAACUGUUUGAUCCAAUUUGAUCUCUAUAGACAAUUUUCUCUGGCCCAGAAUUUUCUUUGGAAGAUGUCAGAGCAGGGCUGACUCCACAGGCUUGUCUUCCCUGACCUUUGUCACCCUGGGAUUCCCCUGCUAAGUUAGAAGCAAGAAUAGGGAGUGCUGAUUGAUCUCUCCUGGUAGCUCGUGUAGGAGUCUGCUUGGUGGCAUUCAGGCCUGGUCAGUUCAAAGCCCUGGCUCCCUUCCUGGCCCUUCUGUUUCCUUGCACUUUUCUCUUCCUACCUGUCUUGCAUAAAUUCCACACUGACAUUUUUAGGGACUUUGUGGGUGGCUGUUGCCCUUUUCAAGCCUUUUAGGAAAAAUCAUGUAAGAGUGUGUUAUCAUUGUCACAGUGGUUCUCAUGAAGUUUUGGGUUUUUUGUUUGUUUGUUUUGAGUUCCAUAUUAUUGAAUUUUUAUUUUAAUUAAUUUUUUUAUUAGUUGGGAAAUAAAACAGGAAAAAAAAUUAACAGCCUCACAAGAUGGCUCAGCUAUUUAGUUCCAAGGUCAUCCCAUUUAGUUUUUGUUGCUUUUCCUGUUUUGCUCCGGCUUGGUUUGUUUGUUAUGAUCGUGGGCAUGGAGCUGACAGCUCAUUUACUCCUGCCAAGCACACUACUGAAGAGCCCCAGCCCUAACCCCCUACUAGUUUUUGAGACAACGCUGUACUGCCACAGACUCCUGAAAUUGGAAGGGUCUUAGAAGCUGGGAGUUUUCUCUUCUGAUUCUCUUUUCAUUAUUGUUUUCCCAUUCUUGUCUUUAGCCAGAGAUAAAGACACUUCGAUCUUAAGUGUAGGUGUAUAAGAAAACAAAUGAAAGCACAUAAUGUACACCUAUUCUGAAUUAUGCAAAUUAUCAGUUACUCAGGGUCAACUAAAUUACUUCAGCGUGCCCUUUGGUUUACUCUUGUUAUUCGGCAAAAAGGAAAACUAAGCAGGACUGUGUGAUUUAUAAAGCCAAAUUGAUAAUCUGUUGUAAAAGUUGUUGAGUUAAACAUAAAUUAUUAAGUGUAGAUUUUUUUCCUAGGAUAUUGUAUUCAUUUUGUGAUAUUAUGUAGAAUGAUGUAUUGGAUAAAAUCAUUUUUGUAAGUAUGUAAAUAUGUCAUAAAUAAAUACUUUGACUUAUUUCUCAAAA